AAAACAUUGACGAUUUGGCAUUUGGCGUCAGAAGGCCGCCACUGUACGGAGCUGGAUUCAAUACGGAGCUUCGGUGUAACGCGAUGACUUAAUUACUUGGUCUUUGUGCUAUCCAAACAUUCUCAAAACCGCUUCAUCGUCACGGAAUAAAAUGGGAGAUUCGGAAGAAGAUACAUUCUGCAAGAAGAUGCGGAAAGCUACCCGAGACAUUCAUGCUGUCAGCGAUGCGCUGGUUAAUGCGAAGUUAGCCUUUGCAUUCUCAGACAGUGGAGUAUGGGCAGAUGGCUUACUAGUAUUCUAUGAGAUUUUUCGGUAUUUGGAAGGAGCAAUGAUCCGAUUAAAAAACACAAAAGUUGGUUCCCUGAGACUCCCUGGUAUUCAAAGAACUGAAGCGUUUGAACUGGAUCUCGAAUAUUAUCUAGGAAAAGGAUGGAUGAAGAAUUACACCCCCAGGGACAGUGUUGUGAGAUACCUAAUGCGACUUCGUCAACUUGAAGACGCCGAUCCAAAUCAACUAAUGGCGUAUAUAUAUCAUUUGUACAUGGGUUUACUGAGCGGCGGAAUAAUUUUACGAAAAAAAAGGCAACUGAUGAGAAAGCUAUCGCCAUUCAAAGACGUUCCUUUGGGUGGUGAUUGCGUAACAGAUUUUGGCGACUACAAUGUUUUUCAACUAAAACGUGACUUGCGAAAUACAAUGAACGAUAUAGCGGAUACGUUGGAUGAGGAUACGAAGAACAAGUUGAUAGAAGAAAGUAAAACUGUAUAUGCACUUAAUAAUGAAAUAAUAAGGAGCGUCAGGGGUGCAGGGCCGGUCGUGAUUAAGAAAGUUAUAUAUUUCGUAAGCGUAUUCGUUUUUGUACUCUUCAUAUUCUUCGUCCUAUUCAAGUAAUCGCGCGAAGAUGUGGGUUAACAUUAUAAAUACAGACUGAAGACAAUGUUGUACAUAACACUUCAGGCACAUGCUCAUUACCUGAGCAUGUAUGCUUGUGAGUAUGAGAGUGAUAAUUUAUUGAAUAGCAUAUUGAUAUUAUUUACAUUAGACAUAAUCUCUCAUUAUUUGAGAACCCUAUGCCAUCUUGGACUCGAUUUGAAAUAGUCGCGUGGCAAGCGACUACUAAGUCCGAAAACGUUGCAAAAUAUACAUAAUGUUUGUCUCGUUAUGAAUUGAUUUGCGACUUCAUUAAGUUGGUUUUAGAAGAUUUUAGUACUUUCAAUCGUGUUAUCUAAGUCAUCCCCGAUUUCCUAUUUUAGUUCCAUUAUAGUCGUAUGUGCGUAGACUGUAUGAUAUAAUAUAUUCUUGCCUUUUUCAUCAUCUUAUUGUUCACCGCUGAAUUAUAUAUGACGGAGAAGCAAUCAAAAAUUAAAAUUUUGCUCAAGUAUUUAAAAAUUGAAUAACUAAUUAGGAUUAAAUAAUUAAGGACGUGGGAAGAAUUGAUUAAUCGACGAAUUAUUUGCUGGCAAGUUGUAUUAAACCUGUAUGUAGGUACGCGCUUCGUCCAUUUCUCUAAAUUGUAUUAUAUUUACACCGCGUCCCGUAUCAAAGCGGAGUAUGAUACAUUUGUUAAAAUUUUACUCUUACAGUGAUCACAAUAAAUGUUUGAAAAUAUAA